CUUUCCCUUGUGUCAGAGCAUACCUUACUCGAAGCGUAUCACAGCUCUACAGACAGUAACAGCGGAUGAAACCCGUGAUUGUGCGAGAUUGCGGUUCAAAUGAUAUAUAUGAUUCUCCGUCUCGUCUUUCUAAGUGGGAUAUCAUCCAUCUUAACUAAUUGCCAUCAAAGAUCGCUCCCACCACAAUGCAACGACCUGUACACAGUCCUUGCUUUUGAAAACCCUUUUUACCACCGAAACAAAAAAAAGACGAAAAAGAAGCCGACUGAAAGCACAAAAAGAUCCCAUGUCUGUCACAAACGAACAGCCCCCGCGUCUAGAAUCCGAUGGGCACGGAGAGAGAAGAGAGAAAGUACAGCCAAGCUGCCGCCUCCAACUACUAAAAGCGCCAUUUUCCUCCGGAGUGUGAGAGAAAAACUAUGGGUAUGCUUGAAGAAUGAUCUUCCGCCAAGCUUCUUGAAAAGCUCCCCGUCCUGAAGCGCCGCCUGAUAUGCUGCAAAAAAAAUUGUAUGACGCCGAAUAUAUCUGAUACUGUGAAAGCGCUCGAACGA